AUGAAGCUGGCGGAGGUGUUCAAGUUGUUUGGCAACAGCGCAUAUGGCAAGCUAAUCGAAGCCUUGAAAACGCAGACGACCGUGAAGGAACAAAUGGAGCGAACGCAAAGCUGGGCUGUUCAAGCUGAAGUUCGAGGGCACUCGCAUGAUCGCUCUUUGCGGAAAGUGUCAUUGCGGCGAGGCCGACAACGGAACGGUUAAAGCGUCCUCAAAAAGGGGUUAAAAACAGGAAAACGAACUGCACUGGGUCCGGUACAAGGACGCGCUAGCGGGGGGCGUAUAUACCGCCACCAACAGAGAAAUGAGAAUGAACAGAGGGGUGAUGUGCACCUACAAGCAUAAAACGCUGGGGCUGAGCGCGUACUACGGCAAACGCUAGGGUUCUAGAGGACGGCAUCCUCACGGAACUUAUUGUAAUACCACAUCGAGGAAGAGGAGCUUUGGGAGCGAGAGCUGUGGGAGAUUCUAUGAGGAAGGAGGGAGGCGGCAGCUCGGUGUCCGCAGGCACGACAAGAAGUUUCUUGCGAACAAAGCCACGCUUGGGGCCGUCAUGCAAAUAAUACAAAAUCGGCUCGUUGGGCUUGAUGAUGUUUUUAUUUUGAUGUAGUGCAGUUUCAAAGACCAGAUCGGAUCUGUGGCCUUUUUCCUUCCACCUUCAAGCUAGCCAGGUUUGUAGAGAUAAAGAACAAUCGCAGAGGAGUGACUUCGCCUUUCAGAGAGGAGACCAAUGCGGUUGAAUCUUUCCACGAUCACCUGGUACCGGUAAAUAUCCAUCCGCCCGCGUCGAAUGUUUGUUCUGUGUUUUUCCAUCUCUUUGGUGGCAGCCUCAUGAACUCGCGCCCCGGGUCCACAAAAGCUGUGGAGUUCAGCUUCUUUGAGACAGCUGGCCACAUAGACUACAGUCAAAGCGUAUUUGUAUGUUUUUCGGCCCCGGUCAUGCCUCACAGUAUCGUAUGGAAGGAAAAGAAGGUCUGCCUGGUGAACGGCGUUUGGUGUCGACACAUCUAAUUUGGGGCGAGGAAUGUGUUUUGGCGUGGGAAGAUAGAUUUGUCAAAGGGCUUGGCGUGUCUUUUUUUUUCGUCAUUUUCGGGAACCUUUGCAGCGGUUGAAAGUUUUUGAUAGCGGCGAUACCUUUCCAGUAACUUUGAUGGCUGUAGUAAAUUUUCGAUAGUUUCUCAUCCAUUUCUAUAAUAACUAUUGAGAACAAAUGUAAAAUGGAUCCGCCGACAAGAGACAAAAUGUCAAAAGUCAUCGAGGAGUUAAAAGGUGGGGAACUUUCUGUCAUGCCAUGCAGAAAUUAGCCCUCAGAAUGGCAAAAAAAACUUUGGGAAGUCGUGGAUAGCCCGCUCAACGCGGAAUUCGUCCUGGCUGAGCUGAAAUGUAGACACUUGGGUCUUUGUCCGAUUCUUGUUUCGAGCGUCAAAAAAAGAUUCAAAAAGUAAUUAGCCAAAAUGGACAAUGUAUUUUGUUGAUCGAAAAUGUCGCGAAAAAGAGUUCGAGAUAGAAUGGCCAGGGUUUUGGGAAUUAGUUUGAUUACAAGAGUCGAAAGGCAGCGUAACCGAGCGAAAGAGCACCGGUGCCAACAAAAAUCAGCUCGCCUUGUUUUUGCAGAGCGCUGGGCUGGUAAAAGUCAGAAAACUUUGGUUCGCUGGAGGCUGUAAGCGACUCAUCUUGGUAUAUCCGGUUGUACAGCGUGAUGGCGUAAUCGGUGUUCGUGAAGUUUUGUUUGGCCAGUUCUUUUCUUUCGUGCAGCGUUUCGAUCCAGUCAAGCAGCUUCGUUCGAUUUUUUUGGGAUCUGAAAUAAGCGGCUUGGUAAGCUUCGAAAGCUUUGUCUUAUCCUUUUUUUCUUACAGGGCAGCCUUUGGGUCAUCGCCAGAAAGAUAACGGGUAAGAUAAUUGCCGCCAAUGACAGACACAGCGUUAAGGACAGCACCACCAGCCAUGAUAGCAACACUUGCCAUGCUAUAUAUAAACCCAGACGUUUUCUGGGAGAAUUUUUUAUCCUCGAGCUAUUGCUUUAG